UCGCGUUUCUCCUGAGGGAGACGGGGAGGAAGGCGGCUGCCAUUUUGUCCCUUGCAGUUGGGCCUUUUCCUCUGUGAGGCAGAGCGAGGGGAGAGUAGCGCUGUUGCUGCUGGAGGCGAGCGAGUACCGCGCGUUUCAGAUGGUGUAGCUGGGCGGGCCGCGACGAGGCGCGCUUUCGGACGUGGCGAGGCCGUACGGAAGAGGCCGCGCCGUUGGGUCUGGCGAGUUUUCCCGCCGCAGCAAAAGCAAAGCGGUUGCGCUGUUUCCUUCCUUCCGUUGAGGGAAGUCGCGGAGCCUGGGCGCUCUCCGGGCCCAUUCGCGCCACACGGGCUUGUUAAAUUGAUUUCACAGACUUUAUCAGGUCUUCUAAAGGGAAAAAAGGUGAUUAUUGUUGUGGGCUGAGUGCAGAAUGGCGGUAGUCAUCCGUUUACAGGGGCUUCCUGUUGUUGCGGGUUCUGCAGAUAUUCGCCGCUUCUUCUCAGGAUUGAGUAUUCCUGAUGGAGGUGUACAUAUCAUUGGAGGAGAAAAGGGGGAAGCUUUCGUUAUAUUUGCAACAGAUGAAGAUGCACGACAAGCAAUGAGCUAUUCUGGAGGAUUUAUCAAGGAUUCACGUAUAGAGUUCUUUCUUAGCAGCAAGACAGAAAUGCAGACUAUAAUAGAAAUUAGUAGGAAAAGACGGGCAGGUUCCAUUAACUCAGGCGCAUCUGGAAUUGGCAAUUUUUCAAAUUUAGUUGCUGCCAUUAAUAAAGGAAUUAAUAAAUCUAGCUGUAGUUCUAUGGAUCCGUUGGAGAAUGAGUUCCGUUCAAAUGGAUCUCGAAACAGUGAUACAGAUAUUUUGGAACCAAACUAUAAUCAGCCCAAGAAAGAGGCAUUUCCAAGUGUGUACCUAUAUAUACGUAGUAUGCCUUACUCUGCAACAGAUGAUGAUGUACGCAAUUUCUUCUCUGGAUUACAAGUGGAGGGAAUAGCUAUGAGAAAAGUUAAUGGUAAAAAUACUGGAGAAGCUGUGGUAAAAUUUGCAACAUUAAGCCAUGCCACAGAAGGGCUUCAACGUGAUAGAGAGUAUAUGGGUUCAAGAUUUGUUAUCGUACGAAACUCUAAUAGAGGAACAUGGAUUAAGUUUGGUGGAGAGACUGGCGGUCCUUUCAAUACCAAACAUUUCACUCAUCAUUUGAAUAAGGAAACAUUUUCUUCAAGCAGAGAGCAUUCGCAAAGAGAGCCAGACUAUUUGUCCUCAAGAAAACGCACCUGUUCAAGGUCUCCCGGGAGGGUUAUGGCACGCACUCGUUCAAGGUCUCCUGCAGGGAGGAUUACAUCACGUGCCCAUUCAAGGUCUCCUGCGGCGAGAGGUUUGUCACAUGCCCAUUCAAGGUCUCCUGUGGCGAGGGGUUUGUCACGUGCCCAUUCAAGGUCUCCAGGGAGGGUUAAGGCACGCCCUCGGUCAAGGUCUCCACAGAGGGUAAGGACACACACCCAGUCAAGGUCACCACGGAGGGCAAGGACCCGGACCCGGUCAAGGUCACCACGGAGGGUUAUGGCACGCACCCGGUCAAGGUCUCCACAACAGAGGUAUAUGAUACGCACCCGUUCAAGGUCUCCACCGCAGAGGUUUACGACACACUCUCGUUUUGAAAGCACAAAAUAUUCUAUACUCAUUAAAAAUCUCCUACCUACUGUUGAGAAGAAAGAUUUGCUAAAGUUCUUUGGGCAUCCAGGUAUGAUUGCCAGUCCUAUUAUAUUUUUAAAGCCAGAAGGCGAAGCAAAGACGAAAAAGGCAAUUAUGCUGUGUCGAUCAUUGGCGGUGUAUGAGUUUAUAUUGAGCUUUCACAAGGACAAACUGCUAGGCCAGCCGGUUUCCAUCUAUCCCAUUUCAAAAGAAAAGCUGUUGUCCUUAACUGGAUCUUCUGAAACAAAAACAUCACCAGAAAGACAGCACCAUGCAAAGGAAAGAAGUGAUAGAGAUGAAUAUUCUGGCUUAAAGACCUGUGUAUAUGUGAGAAACUUUCCAUUUGAUGUGACAAAUGUUGAAGUACAGAAGUUCUUUGCAGGAUUUAGUAUUGAUAACCGUGACAUUUAUUUGCUUUAUGAUGACAAAGGAAUUGGACUUGGGGAAGCAUUGGUCAACUUCAGAACUGAAGAACAAGCCCGCAAAGCUGAAAGCUUAAAUCGCCGGCGGUUUUUGGGAACAGAGGUACUCCUAAGAUGUAUUUCUGAGCAACAAAUGCAAGAGUUUGGUAUUAAUAUUUCAUCAACAUCAAAUGAAAAGAUACAGGAUAAUCUCCGUGGAUAUGAAAGAGGUGAACAUUUUUACCCCAGCAGUUCACAAGGAUCCUCUUUGCAUGGGAACGUAAAACACCUGUCUCAUUAUAGACACCCGUCUGAUGAUUUUAUCCGCUCAUCUGAUCUUUUUAGAGGGCCUCCUGGUGACAGCAUUCCUGGUAGUUUUCAAGAAGGGCACUUUAGGCCUGACUAUACUUCUAGAGGUGGCUCAGACCGUGUCACAAUGAUUAAAUUAAAGAACAUACCGUUUCAAGCUUCUGCUAAUGAAAUUCUGGAUUUCUUCCAUGGUUAUAAAAUCAUACCAGAAUCUCUUUCUAUUCUGCGCAAUGAAUAUGGAAUGUCUUCUGGUGAAGCUAUUCUUGCCAUGAUGAAUUAUAAUGAGGCAGUGGCUGCUAUUAAUGAAUUAAAUGACAGGCCAAUUGGCAACCGCAAAGUUAGUUUAACUUUUGGGUAGAUGCGAAAAUGCCUAGGAGGCAAAGUGAAUAUGUUUGCAGUAUUAAUAUAAUAAAAGUAGAUUUGUGUUUUUGUUAUUUGGAAAGUGAUGAAAAAACAUCCAUCUAUUUGUAAAUAGUUAACUGCUUUAAAAUGAAAGCUGUUUGAUGCAGUGCAAUUGCAUCUGUUAGAAGGCAUAGGUUGUUAGUUACUCCUGAAUAUAAAUAGUAAGUUGAACACAAGUUUUGGAUUCUUGUCUGUAGCAUUCAAUGGCAUAUUGAAUGUUUCUUGUUAAUUUCAGCUUAGCGUUUCUUUUAAAAUAAAUGUACCUAAAUGAAAUAUGUGUAUGGUUAAUUUGUAUAUUGCUUUUUUACACCCAUUAGCGUAUGACAGCCCUAAUAAGAACCAGUAUUGCAGUUUGGCAGUGUCUUCCUCUAUAAAUUGUACAAAUUACAGGCUAUACAGGAAAUACAUUGGUACUACUAGAAGAUAGUUGAAACUCUUGAAGUUCUAAGGCUGUUGGUUAAACAACCCAAGAUGCAUAUUUUCAUGUCCACUUGGCUUCCCAAAUUUUUGAAUAAUGGUAAUUGGGUGUCCUCAUACUACUGAUUUACAGAGGUUUUUUU